AUGGAUAAUAUAAAGCAUACUGGAACAAAAUUUUGCCAGGUUAAAGACUGUAAUGAAUUAUUUGAUUUUAAUUCAAAUAUAAUUCAAAAUGUUUCAAGUCACACUGCAGAAGAGAAACCAUACAGAUAUAAUGCAUGUGGAAAGUCUUAUAACAAACUCUCAUACCUUCAUAUUCAUCACAGAAUCCAUAUUAGAGAGAAACCUUAUAUAUGUGAUGAAUGUGGAAAGUCCUUUGUUCAGUCCUCCACUCUUCAAUGUCACAAGAGAAUCCAUACUGGAGAAAAGCCUUAUAAAUGUGAUGAAUGUGGAAAGUCCUUUGUCCAGUCCUCCAAACUUCAAUGUCACAAGAUAAUCCAUACUGGAGAAAAGCCUUAUAAAUGUGGUGAAUGUGGAAAGUGCUUUAGGAAUGGCUCAUCUCUUUGUGAUCAUCAGAGAAUCCAUACUGGAGAGAAACCUUAUAAAUGUGAUGAAUGUGGAAAAUCCUUUGUCCAGUCCUCCAAUCUUCAGUGUCACAAGAGAAUCCAUACUGGAGAAAAGCCUUAUAAAUGUGAUGAAUGUGGAAAGUCCUUUGUCCAGUCCUCCAAACUUCAAUGUCACAAGAGAAUCCAUACUGGAGAAAAGCCUUAUAAAUGUGAUGACUGUGGAAAGUGCUUUAGGAAUGGCUCAUCUCUUCAUGUUCAUCACAAAAUCCAUACUGGAGAGAAACCUUAUAAGUGUGAUGAAUGUGGAAAGUCCUUUGUCCAGUCCUCAAAUCUUCAAUGUCACAAGAGAAUCCAUACUGGAGAAAAGCCUUAUAAAUGUGAUGAAUGUGGAAAGUGCUUUAGGAAUGGCUCAUCUCUUUGUGCUCAUCAGAGAAACCAUACUGGAGAGAAUCCUUAUAAAUGUGAUGAAUGUGGAAAGUCCUUUGUCAAGUCCUCCAAUCUUCAAUGUCAUAGGAGAAUCCAUACUGGAGAGAAACCUUAUAAAUGUGAUGAAUGUGGAAAGUCCUUUGUCCAAUCCUCUCAACUUCAACGUCAUAGGAGAAUCCAUACUGGAGAAAAGCCUUAUAAAUGUAAUGAAUAUGGAAAGUGCUUUAGGAAUGGCUCAUCUCUUUGUGCUCAUCAGAGAAUCCAUACUGGGGAGAAACCUUAUAAAUGUGAUGAAUGUGGAAAGUCCUUUGUCUAGUCUUCCAAACUUCAAUGUCAUAGGAGAAUCCAUACUGGAGAGAAACCUUAUAAAUGUGAUGAAUGUGGAAAGUGCUUUAGGCACGGCUCUUCUCUUCAUGUUUAUCAUAGCAUCCUUACUAGAGGCCUUUCUAUAUCAAAACCAGAGCAAGUCACCUGGCUUGAACAAAACAAUGAACCCUGGAUCAUGAACACAGAAGAAGCAGAGGGUAGAGAAGCAGAUCUGUUUUGUUAUUCCAUUCAGGAGUUUUUCCCAAACGAGUAUACACAGGAUACUUGCCAAAGAGAAAUAUCUGAACAGUUUGGAUGUAAUAGCCUUGGUGAAUUACACAUAAGGAAGUUCUGGACAUGUAGAUCUGAUAAUGAGGACCCUGAGUCGUGCGCUGAUGGAAUUGAUCUUCAUCCAGCACCCAUCACUGGCAUUCCUGACAGAAUAGAUGAAGAAGUUGCAGCUUCUCCUCACAAAGCUAAUUCUGUAUCAUUUCCAUUCAGAUCCUGA